AUGUCUUCGGACCCCCACUCCGCCAUCACAGCCUGGGACGACGGCGGACAACUCUCCUCGUUCGAAGACGACGACGACAACGACAUCAAUGACCGAUUUUCCAACUACGAGGAUAAUGAUCGUUUUACUUGUGUUGUUGAUGUCUCCUCUGCCUCUUCUGCCGCGAGUGAUGCGAGUGGAGUGAGUGAGGAAGAUGUUUACGAGCAAACCCUUGCCGAAGAAGUCGCUUCCCUCGCUGGGGCCAACGACGAGGAGGUUGAGGAUGAGGUUGAAGUUGAGGUUGAUGGUGGAAGGGAUCUGGAUAUGAACCGCAUGUACGAAAAUGCCUCCUACCACGAAGUCCUCGCCGGCAAACAAUUCCGCUUCUCCCCGCUCUGGGUCCGUAGAGCUCUUGCUUGGUGUGCGAAGCAUCAAGUCUCCGCCCAUUGCCUCCCGAGAGACUCAAAGGAGAUGAUUGAAUUCAUGCACGCCGUCGACUGGCCCGUCACCGACCCCCUCCUCUUCGAAACCCUCGGCAUCAAACUUCUCAGUUGGGUCGGGAGGUGGAUUACGAAUGAGAAGCUUUCUCCUGGCAUAAUCGAGUCCAAAGUCGACCCCAAAAAAGUCCGCAAGGCUGACUGGAGUGCUGUCUGGGCUGCUCAUACGGAAGCUUGGAUCGAUGUUGAGUUUGAGUUUGUGUUGGGGAAGACGGAUCCGGGAGUGCCGAAGGGAUGGGAGGGAUUGCCGCCACGUGCGCCCGUUCCGCGUGGAUACAAGUCUCCGGCUACUUUGGUCAACACCGCGGCUGAGUUUUUGGAGUUGUUCGACUUUGAAGUUCCGGUCCAGCAGAAGAUCGUUCCUGUGAAGAAGAAGACCAACUCGACGCAGAAGGCUAUCCAGCAGAAGACUGAGGUGCCGGCUCAGAAGAUUGUCGCCGGCGAGAAGUCCGUUCCGAUCCAGCAGCGGCCCGCUCAGCUUCUCACCCACAAGAUCAUCGACACCCAGAGGACCGACAACCCUUUCCAGCAGAAGACUGCCUCGACGAAGAAGAUCGUUCCGGCUCAGAAGAUCACCACCAUCGAAAAGCCCGAUCCGAUUCAGAAAAUCAUCCAGAAGACUAUUGCAACGCAGCAAAAGUCCAAUCCCUUCCAGCAGAACCCGACCUCGGUCCAGCAGAAGACUGCCUCGAGCCAGAAGAUCCCGGCUCAGGCUCAGAAGUCCAUGGUCAUCCAGGAGACGAUUCCUGGUCAGAAGAUGAAGAACAAUCCCUUCCAGCAAAACCGGGCCUCAAGCCAGAAGACCGUCCAGAAGAAGCCUCCCGCCACGAAGCCCGUCCAGAAGUCGACCACCACCAUCAACAACUCUCCCGCCACGAAAUCCGUCCCUACCCAGAAACCCAAGCACAAUACCAUUCCCGUCCAAUUCUUCAAAUCCGUGCUGGAAGACGGAGAAUUCAUCAAGUGGAUCACUUCCGAGGACCCUCACGCUUACCCUCUGACUCCCCUCCAAGCCGUGCAGUUCACGGAGUGUAAAGACCACCCUCAAUUUUUGGGUUGGUGGAAGGGGGAGAUCAAGGCGAAACUCAAGAGGGGUGCCAUCGAGUUUUAUCAGCAGCAGAACGAGCAGCAGGACGAGCAGGAUGAGGUGGAGUAUGAGCAGGAUGAGGUGGAGUAUGAGCAGGAUGAGGUGGAGUAUGAGCAGGACGAGCAGAUCAAGGCAAAAUCGAAGGCGGAUGCGAUUGAGAAGGAGAUUGAGGAGCACGAGAUGAUGCCGCAAGUGCAGAAGGUCGUCAUGGGCAAGGAAAUGGAGAAGGUCGUUCAGAACAACGGCGAGAAGGAGAAGGUUGUCCCAGGCAAGGAGAAGGCAGUGGUUGGAAAGGGCAAGAAGACGGCCAAGACGGCCAAGACUCACCCCGUUGUUGUGGUCAAGAAGGUUCAUGCUACGAGACUUGCGGCGAGGAAGAGUGCUGCGAAGGAGAAUGCUGCGAAGGAAAAGAAGAUGGGUGCUGCGGAGAGGAUGGGUGGUGGAGUUCAGGUUGAGGGAGGGAUGAGUUUUGUUGAGGUCUGA